AAGGCUGAAACCAGAUAGAUAGAUAGAUAGAUAGAAAGGAAGAAAAAUGGCGAUCUCUGCACUAACUGUAGCAACUGUCAAACCCCAAACCCUUCAAACCCACCAUCCUAAACCCUCUCUCUCCUUCAAACCCAUCGCUAAUUGCAUUUCUUCAACAAAGAGACCAGUAUUGGAUGUGGGUAUUGGGCUUUUGGCAGCUUCAGUGGUGGCUUUGUCUCCAUUGGAGGCAACUGCCACAAGAAUCGAGUACUACGCCACUGUAGGAGAGCCCAAUUGUGAGCUCAACUUUGCAAAGUCCGGGCUGGGUUACUGUGAUGUUGCAGUGGGAUCUGGUGAGGAGGCUCCUUUUGGUGAGCUUAUCAAUGUUCACUACACUGCAAGAUUUGCUGACGGGACAGUCUUUGAUAGCAGCUACAAACGUGCCAGACCUCUCACUAUGCGAAUUGGUGCUGGAAAGUUGAUUAAGGGACUGGAUCAGGGAAUUUUAGGGGGUGAAGGAGUACCUCCAAUGUUAGUAGGUGGAAAGCGGAAGCUUCGGAUUCCUCCAGAGUUAGCAUAUGGGCCAGAACCUGCAGGCUGCUUUUCUGGUGACUGCAAUAUACCUGCCAACGCUACUCUUCUCUAUGAUAUUAAUUUUGUUGGCAUCUAUUCGGGAAAUGCGAAGUGAAGGAAGCCAAUGCAUGCAAAAGCUGAUAGAUGAGAAGCCUAGUGCAAAUUCAAUUUAGCUUCAAAAUCCUGCAGGCAUGUGCCAUUUAGCAGUGAAAUAUCACCUGGAAAAUAUUUUAAAGCAGGGGAAUCCAGAUUUGGUUAAGCCAAACUGAAACAGAAGGCAGAAUAUGGCUCAAACCCGUCACCUUAUUCAAAACGCUGCAAUGCCCCUUGCUGGCUAACUCAGCUUGGUGUGCUUGGUCCUGGGAAUUCUUCUAUCCUUUACUGGGGUAAUUGACCGCCCUAUUGAUUAAAUAAUAUAUAUGCAUUUGCACAUAGCAUACAGCUUGAUUACCUAAAUGUAUUUAUUUGGGAUACUGUUGUUUAAAUUCAAUUUUGUAUCAAAUUCCUUACAUUAAUAUGCCCUUUUGGGGUUGUUUCUGGAGCUGUUUUAUUAUACAUCUGAAAACUUUAUCAUCA